AUGAAAAUGAAGACAAAUAACCGUUCAGAAAAAAGCUUAUAUUAGCAUCAUAGUAUUGUUGUCUCUUGUUCUGUUCUAACAUCAAUCACAAUCUCAAUCAUUGUUCCAUUUUGCGGAUUAUUCUAUUCAACACUCAUUCCCUUCUCUCUCUUCCUCACAAUCUUGCGAAAUUUUCCAUUCACCAUUUCUCAAAUCGCAAAGGUACUUUCUGUUUCCUCAACUGGGUAUUCUUCAGAAUCUUUGCAGGAUCAGAUAUAAUCGAAAAUGUUCGUGAUGGGUCUAUAGCAAAUAGCAACAUUGUUGAAAUUCAAGAGGGUUGAGAAGUAGAUGAUCGGUUGUUUUGGAUUGUUAAGUGUUCUUAUGAAGCGUUCUGGAACUACUGAGUUGAAUGAUUUCUACCCCAUUCGACCAGAAUGCAAAGCCGAUGUUCCAACAACUCGUUUUAAACCAAGGUCUGGCAAGACUUUAAGUGCAAGAAGAUGGAAUUCAGCAUUUAAUGAAGAAGGUCGUUUGGACAUUGCAAAAGUUCUGAGACGAAUACAGCGAGGGGGUGUCCAUCCUUCAAUCAAAGGGGAGGUAUGGGAGUUCUUACUUGGUUGUUAUGAUCCCAACAGUACAUCUGAAGAACGGAAUGAGAUCAAGCAACGCCGGAGGGGGCAGUAUGAUAUGUGGAAAGCUGAAUGUCAAAAGAUAGUCCCAGUCCUUGGUAGUGGGAAAUUUGUUACAACACCCCUCGUCGGUGAUGAUGGCCAGCCAAUAGAUCCUUCUUUGGUAAAGAUUAAGACUUCAGAUAAGAAAGUUGUGCAGUGGCUGCAGUUAUUACAUCAGAUUGGUCUGGAUGUUGUUCGAACAGACCGAGCACUUGCCUUUUAUGAAAUUGAAGCUAAUCAAUCAAAACUUUGGGAUGUUCUAUCAAUUUAUGCUUGGUUGGACAAUGAUAUUGGUUACGUACAAGGAAUGAAUGAUAUUUGCUCACCUUUGGUUAUUCUUAUUGAGAAUGAAGCAGAUUGCUUUUGGUGCUUUGACCGUGCGAUGCGAAGGAUGAGAGAGAACUUCAGGGUCACUGCAACUUCAAUGGGGGUGCAAACUCAGUUGGGCACACUCUCACAGAUAAUGAAAACAGUUGAUCCCAAACUUCAUCAUCACCUUGAGGAUUUAGAUGGUGGAGAGUAUCUUUUUGCGUUUCGCAUGCUGAUGGUUCUUUUCCGAAGAGAAUUUUCUUUUGCAGAUACUUUGUAUCUUUGGGAGUUGAUGUGGGGCAUGGAAUACAACCCAAACAUCUUUACCAAGUACGAGGAUCCAGAGGGUGCUAAAACAAAAGCUCCGACAACUGCAGUAAAUAACAAAGUUCUGCAGCAAUAUGGAAAGUUUGAGAGAAAAAUUGUAAAGACAGGCCGCACAGAAGAAUGUAGUGCACUGGCCAUCUUUCUUGUUGCUAGUGUUCUUGAGACCAAGAAUAAGCGGAUUUUAACCGAGGCCAAGGGUGUGGAUGAUGUUGUCAAGAUCUUGGGUGACAUAACCUCAAGCCUUGAUGCUAAAAAAGCAUGUAAAGAAGCAUUGAAAAUUCAGGAAAAAUACCUGAACAAGACAAAGAAUCCAUGACGAACAACAUUAGAUUUUCUGUAACGAUAUGAUGGCAGCUGUGGUUGCGCGUGAUCUUCCCAGGUUUCAGUUGCUCCUGACAGGCCAUUAUUUUCUUUUUUUCCGCUUAGCGAUAGCAAGCAAGUCCUCAAGUCGAUUCUAAUUCUUUGAAUUCUUCAAUAUGAAUGUCAUUAGAUAUUGAGAACCAGAAACAUCAGUUUUAUUAGAUAUUGCUGAGAUUGUUAGGGGGAAAACUUUUAUUUAUUGUAUUGGCUUAUAUAAUGUAAAAUUACUUUCAUAAGUUGUAACAUAGGAAAGAAACAUUUUUCCAGAAGGCAGCAUUUAUCA